AUGGCCGACAAAUUCACCAUUUUCACGCAGCUACCCCCAGAACUGCAAACCCAGAUAUGGCACGCGGCAAUUCCUCCCCUUGAUGACCGCCAGAUACGUGUGGCAAUCCACUACAAAGCCUCAGUGACAAAACAUAGCUGCUACGUGGAGACGGGGCAGUUCUGCGGCCGUCACGGCACGUGCGAAAGGCCCGUCGACGAAGACAACCCUUGGGAGGGCGCUUUCUGCAUGACGGACGGCUACUUCGCCCUCGCGCCAGACUUCUCUGGGAUGAACAGUCCUUUCCGGAAGCUGCUAUGUACUCUUCAGCUAGCCUGCCGCGGAUCCUGCCAGGUAGUCCGCCAGCGAUAUCCCGCAGUCAUGAGAAUCUACGCCGAGAAAUGGCACCCUGGUGUUCGUGUCCGCUCUCUGCGCUGCGACCCCGCAAAUGACGUCCUCAUCGUCAUGAAUGCAAGUUCCGAGACCGACACUCACGUCCGGCCCGGCCAGGAGCAGCACGCCUCUUCCAACAUUUCGACCCUCACACAAACACAAGAAAGAAAGUUUCCGCGGGAUCGCCAGCAAUUCAGAAACUUUCGCCGAGUGCUCUCGUCCUUUGAAAGGGCUGCGUUUCGGCAUGUAGACGAGGAGCUGCUCAGAACCCUGUCUAUCGACCCUCCGGCACCCGGAGGGCCAUCCCUGUCCCCGGUUACAGGCGACGAUCUUCAGACCCUCUCGCUCUAUAUGGAGUCAAUGGGGAACUUCUAUCUGUGGCUGGACCCGGAUUCGUUUCCGGAAGUUCAGAUCAGCGGCCGGAAAAGAAUAGAAGAUAUUUCCAUCUUCAGCGAAGGGGACUCUGGAAAUCCCGGCCUCAUCUAUGAUCAGUCUAUGGCUGUGUUGGAUUCUUACAAGAUAUCUGCGAAAGCUGCGAGAGACCAUUAUGUUGCGACCGCUGACCACUGGACACCAAAACCGCGGGAUAUAGAUAAGGUCGGAUGCUACAUUCCAGCCAUGUGGGUUGGAUUAAUUACUUUCGAAUAA